UUAUCAUCAUAAAAUAUGUGUGGAUGCACAUAAAAAAGGUGAAGAAAUGGUGGGUAAAGUGUCUUCUUUUGAAUUUGGAAUGUAUAAGAUAGAGUCAAGCACAGUAAGUAAUAAGUUUUAUGUUGUGUCCCACAAUGAAAUUUGUGAUGAUAAUUGUCGAGCAGUUUAUUGUAACAAAUGUAAGGUAUGCAUACACAGGUAUACAUGUCAGUGCCCUGAGUACUUAGUGAAAACUGCAAUGUGUAAACAUAUACAUGCUGGUGCCACAUUUGAGCAGAGAAGCGAGUCUGUUUCAGGUUCAAUUGAUAGCCAGGAAGAUAAUAAUUUGUACCUUGAACAGCCAGCAAGUACAUCUCAAUACAAUAAUGAAUUGGACCAUUUUAUUCAAGAGAGGGAAGUCAAUGAUGAUUUAUAUGUAGAUAAUGAAAGAAGACGUGAGAUUAUUUUGCAAGAAAUGUGCAACGAUAUCCGUAGUUAUGGCAGUAAUUUAAAUAAUAACGAGUUUGAACAGUUUGUAGUUAGAUUUGCAGAUUUUAAAAGUUUGAGCCACAAGCAAUAUUGA